AAUACGACAUUGACAAAAACAAUUGUGUCGAUCCAAAAUCUAUGUCAAAUGUAGGGAGUCGGACAAAUUUGUACCUGCAAUUCAUGAUGCAAACGAACACCACGACUUUUAUUCCGAUAACAUGACUCUAUUCGGAAAGGAAAGUGAGAGCGGGAAGGACUUCUUAGUAACAAAUUCAUCAAAGAAACGAUUUAUUCUCUGAAAUUUUAUAGCAAUGGUAAAACUUGCAUUGUAAUGCUUGGGAGUGGCAGGGGAAAAAGGGCCCACUCUGCUUCGUACAUCUCCGCUGGGACUCUGGUCUCCGUGCGGACUAGACCCGCUUAAACUCAAUUGUUAACCUUUUUAUUUUCCAAAAUUAUAAAUUGACGGUACAAAUUGUGAAUUUCUCGAUAACUAAAACCAGUUGCUAGAGUUAGACACUACAAAUUUAUUUUUAGUAAUCUUAGAACCAAGGAACGAACAGAUACAACCAAAAAAGGUCGAUAACUGGGUCAGGGUCAAUAACUGGUGCAAUUACCUUAUGCCGAGUGUCGUCCUGUCCUUAAACAUUUCAUCGCGUUCCAAUCUCUUUGUCACGUGAAGUGCCUCUGCCGUCGGGAUGUUCGUGAAUAAAUUUUCGGCAUCAAAGCUGACCGGUGGGUCUUGUUCACGUAUACGUAGAAUCCUCACUAGGUCCACGAAAUGUUUGGAAUUCCUGAUGUGUGGUGGGCUCUCACCAAUCACAGGUGUUUUGAUUGGGACCAAGAACUUGACCAGCUUUCAGCAAGGUGAAUGCCUGGAACUGGUAAUUGGACUUGGGGGGCACAUUGUCUUUAUGGAUCUUCAGUAGGCCAUAUACAUAGUUGUUGUGGUUUGAUGUAGUGAGACGUAAUCCGUGAUUUGACUUUGUCAUCUAGGUAGUAGCUAUAUUUUUUGAGCAUCCGGUACACCUUCCCUUCAUGGCUUGUUGGCGGGUCGUUCUGCAAUAGAGUACAAACCGACGCAUAAAACUGUAAACCGACAUCCGGAAUUUCAGUUAUCUAUAUACCGAUGUACUCACAACCAGUACAGUAUUAAACGACUACCGACUUUUUAUGAUUAUCCGUUUCUCACUCUACUUAUCAACUGAGAAUUUAUUACUUUUAUUUCAUUAUGCCUGUCACUUCGUAACCAAGCUUCACACCAACGAUAUCUUCAGCGUGACACGGAUCACAAAUCGCGGGAUCAUUUAAUUGCAAAAAGUGAAAGCAAACGAUGGAAAAAGAUCCGAGGAAAAGCAUCGAUUCGGAAAGGAACGAACGGUUGAACGCGUAUUCGAAAGGCAAAGCGAGAUACCUCCUCAGACAAACUAUGACAGCUCUUGGUCCAAUCCUGAGCACCAUGGCUGCCGGCAUGACGUCCGGCUACAGUGCGGUUCUGCUUCCUCAACUAACCUUGAACAACUCAACGGAUUACAACGCAACGUCGAAAAGCCCGACGGAUUACCUGAAUAUGAAGCAGCUGACGGUUGAGGGUACCGAACAAGUUUCAUGGAUCGCGGCAUCGGCUGCUCUUUCGAUGGCUCCAGGAUGCUGGAUUUCCGGAGCCAUGAUGGAGAAGUUCGGUAGACGAACAUCGCUGCUGCUAUUCAGUCCAGUAUUUUUUAUCGGAUGGUUGAUAGUUGGGCUUGCGCCCAGUCUGGUUUGGCUGCUGGUCGGCAGAGUUGUGAUCGGAUUUUGCACCGGAAUAAUGGGCCCUCUAAGCCCGGUAUUUAUAGCGGAAACAAGCGAGCCGCGUUUGCGAGGAAUUCUUCUAUCCGGUAUCAGCCUUGCAGUAGCGGUGGGCAUUCUUGUCUCGCAUAUUUUUGGCACUUGGCUACACUGGCGACUGUCAGCCAUUAUGUGCGGAGUUUUCCCCAUCUUCUCUUUACUCCUUUGCCUUGUUGCGCCUGAAAGUCCCACGUGGCUAGUCAAGAGAGGUGAACAUGUAAAGGCUCGCAAGACCUGGCAGUACCUCAGAGGAGAUAAUUACGAGCACGAGUUCGAGGCCUUGACGUAUGGAAGUGCGAAUAAUCCUGAGGUCAACGAAGCUGCGAAGGGACUCGACGCUUCGAUGGAGUCGAAGCCACUUCAGGAUCACGCGCCUACGCGCGGCUGGAAGAACGAUGUGAUUUCCAGAAGCUUCCUCAUGCCCCUCUUCAUACUCAACGUCUUUUUUUUCACUUCCCAGUUCUCCGGGAUUAACGCGGUAGCCUUUUACAGCGUGAACAUGCUCGCGGAAGUUUCCGGCCCUGAAAACGCCUACACUGCAACACUCAUUCUCGACUCGAUUCGCCUCGCCUUUGGUGCCAUUGCCUGUUGGCUGACGAAGAAUUACCCCAGGAGAUCUAUGACCAUUAUUUCCGGUCUCGGAUCAGCGCUGAGUCUCCUUCUGCUCAGCGGUUCGCUCUUCACAGAUCUCGGAAAACCAUGGCUUCCGAUCUGCUGCCUGUUCGCCUACACGUGCACAAGCUCCAUCGGUCUGGUUCCACUGCCCUGGCUACUGUGUGGCGAACUUUUUGGAGCCUCCGUGCGAGGCCUUGGCUCUGGAAUAAGCUCUGGUUUUGCCUUCAUGUGCUUUUUUGUAGUUGUGAAGAACGCACCGUCCAUGAUGGACAUUCUUGGACCGUCCUGGACUUUCUGUAUUUACGGUAUCAUCGCUCUGAGUGGAACCAUCUUCCUUAUCGCAUUCCUUCCGGAGACAAAGGAUAAAACUUUACAGGAGAUUGAAGAUCGCUUCGCCAAACCGUUCAACGAGAAGCGAACUCAUGAAUGACUCAUUCGUGCAAUUUUUUUUUUUUUUUUGUAACAAAUAACACAAAUUAAAUUUGACACUCGCUCGUAUAUUAAUUGUACCUUUCGGUACAAGACAUUUGGAAUCGAAUGUCAGUUUUCUGAUACAUUCUUUGAUCAGUAUUUAAGUCAGUAUAGCUCGGUGCUUCGACUGCUUUCAAUGCAUGGGCUUUGAGUAUUUUUAACUCAUAAACGGUCUUCUUCAUCGCCCUGUGUCACUAUGAUUAUAAAAACUCCGUUGUGAUUCUCUUGUGAUUUAAAGACCUCGGCUGUCGUUGAAUGAAUUAGUAAUGUGUUACUGUUAAGUCGUGUAUGCAUUCACUAAGUAUAUACACACGAAUAUGUUUAUUUAAAGUUCUGUGUGUAGUUGGAUUGAGUGAAAGUAUGAAUAAAGCAACGUUUUGCUUAAA